UGCCAGUUCUUUUUUAGAUUCUAUUCAGAGAAGUAGUACCAAUGCGGUGUUCAAUUGUUUUCAUUUUAUUGGCGAUAACCUUUGGGCGAUCUCUGUCCCAGCAUUGUGAGGUGGAUGAAUCCCAACACGAGUGCGGAGGCUACUGUUACGGAGCUGUGAAACCGGUCCUGGAGUACCUCGCCAUCCUGCAAAAGCGAGUGGAGUCCUGUGAGGCCAAGCAGCCGGCUGACACACUCUCCAAAAUCGCCCUAAUGGACGAAAAGUUAGACACUUUGGCAGGACACAUGGCAACCCAGCAGUAUUUGGAAAAAAGAUCAACGGCAAAAACUCAUGAAUUAGAGCAACAAGUGGCUGCCGUGCGGCAAGGAAUGGGCGAAAAGAUAGAGACUCUUGGAAAACAGAUGGCGAUCCAACAAGAGUUGGAAAGUAAAUCAGGGGAACAUGUUCAUAAAUUGGAGCUACAACUGGAUGCCGUGCGGAAAGAGAGGGACGAAAAGUUAGACACUUUGCAGGCGAUGGAAACGAGAUUACAAGAAAAAGUUAAGAAAUUGGAGCAAAAACUUAAGUUACCUAAAAAUUUUUUCAAAAAAAUUGGUUCGAAAUACUAUUAUAUAGAAAAUACAAAUGUUAGGGACUGGCAGGGUGCCCUCGAUAUCUGCCAAGAGAUGGGAGCCCAUUUGGUGAGUCUGCAAAACGAGGUUGAGUUGAAGGCACUCGAUAGUAUGCUGGAUCCGAUCAAAGGCUAUUGGAUAGAUCUGAAAAAACUGGAAGCUAAAGGAGAGUUUAUUUCGGCCACUACUGGUGUCAAGGGAACAUUCUUUCAUUGGUGGGAAAGGGAACCCAAUGGUGAAAACUGUGAUUGCGUCUCUUUAUACCGCGGUAAGAUGGGCACCUAUCCAUGCAGACUCUCAAAAUACUUUAUUUGUGAGGCAUAUUGGGUGGAUUAA